CUCAGAGAAUUUCAAAAUGCACAAACAAUGGUAUUUGCCAUUGAGGAAAUCAAUAACAGAACCGAUAUUCUUCCUGGCAUCAAUUUGGGUUAUAAAAUCUAUGAUACAUGUGGAUCAGUUGAAAUGACCACAAGAGCCUCAUUGCCCUUAGUAAAUGUCCAUGGAGAAACGAAUUCAGUGAUCUGCUCAAAACCGGAAACAGUUCAAGCAAUCAUAGGGCAAACAUCGUCUACCCCCACUAUUGCCAUAUCUGCAACAGUGGGACCUUUACACAUUCCUGUGGUCAGUCACUUUGCCUCAUGUGCAUGCUUAAGUGACAGAAAAAAACAUCCAUCGUUCUUCAGAACUGUUCCCAGUGAUUAUUUCCAGAGCAGAGCCUUGGCAAAGCUGGUCAAAUAUUUUGGAUGGACCUGGGUAGGGGCCCUAUGCAGUGAUAAUGACUAUGGGAAUAAUGGCAUUAAUGAAUUUAUCAGUGCUGCCAAAAAAGAGGGAAUCUGUGUUGAGUAUUCAAAGGCAUUUUUAAAGACAGACCCCAGAGAAAAACUUCUGAAAAUAGUUGAGAUUAUCAAGGCUUCAACCUCCAAAGUUAUUGUAGCUUUUGUCUCAUACACUGACUUUGGGUUUCUUCUGAGAGAAAUGGCCUUACAGAACAUGACUGGGUUUCAGUGGAUUGGAAGUUCGUCCUGGAUCUCAGAUUUGUAUACUGCCAAUGCUGAAUGGCAGCAUGUUCUUAAAGAGUCUGUGGGUUUUGGUAUCCCAAAAGCUAAAAUCACUGGCCUUGGGGAAUUUCUGACUAAGCUUAAUCCAAUUUCUGAUAUUGCUCUUUACAGAGAGUUGUGGGAGACAGUAUUUCAGUGUAAACUUUCAACAGAAGAAAAUGUUGAGAUGAAACAAUUGUGCAAGAGCAACGAAAGUCUCACUCAAGUUCAAAACCUUUAUACAGAUGUCUCAGAGUUACGAUUUGCAGAUAAUGUUUACAAGGCUGUUUAUGCUGUGGCAUAUGCUCUGCAUAGCAGUUAUGGAUGUUCACAGAGGGACAAUGGACAAGGUGCUGAUUUGUGUACAAACCUUGCAGAUAACCAGCAACCGUGGAAGAUCGUGAAUGAGUUGAAGAAAAUCCAUUUCACCACUGCAGCAGGAGAGGAUGUAUACUUUGAUGAGAAUGGAGACCCAGCAGCGAGGUAUGAUGUGCUGAACUGGCAGCAAGGCAAAGAUGGUAAAACAGUAUUUGUUAAAGUGGGUUUCUAUGAUGCGUCUCUGCAAACGCACCGUCAGCUGUCAUUUAACAAUAACAGUAUAGCCUGGGCCCACAACAAACCACAGGUGCCAGUUUCUGUGUGCAGUCACAGUUGUCCCCCAGGCACAAGGAAGGCUGUGCAGAAAGGAAGAUCAAUCUGCUGCUUUGACUGUAUACCAUGUGCAGAGGGGGAAAUCAGUAAUAUAACAGAUUCUAUUACUUGCAUCAAGUGCCCUCCUGAUCUGUGGUCUAAUGACAAGAAAACUAUCUGUGUCUUAAAGCUGGUGGAAUUCCUGUCAUUUGCAGAAAUAAUGGGAAUCAUUCUUGUAUCAUUUUCUUUGUUAGGAGUAUCUUUCACCAUCUGCAUCGCAGCCAUUUUCUUUAAACACAAGGACACACCAAUUGUUAGGGCAAAUAAUUCUGAACUGAGCUUCUUGCUACUUUUUUCACUAACUCUCUGUUUCCUCUGUUCACUUACUUUUAUUGGUGAGCCCUCAGACUGGUCCUGUAUGCUGCGCCACACAGCAUUUGGGAUCACCUUUGUUCUCUGUAUCUCCUGCCUUUUGGGGAAAGCCGUAGUUGUGUUAAUGGCCUUCAGGGCUACACUUCCAGGUAGUGAUGUCAUGAAAUGGUUUGGGUCUCAACAGCAGAGACUGAGUGUUCUCGCCUUGACUCUUGUACAGGUCAUUAUUUGUGCACUUUGGUUAAAAAUAUCCCCUCCUUUUCCAUACAAUAAUAUGAACUACUACAGUGAAAAGAUUAUAUUAGAAUGUAAUGUAAGCUCAGCUAUAGGUUUUGGGGCUGUGAUGGGUUAUAUAGGACUCAUAGCUCUUUUGUGUUUUAUCUUUGCUUUUCUGGCCCGGAAGCUGCCUGACAAUUUCAAUGAAGCCAAAUUCAUCACAUUCAGCAUGCUCAUAUUCUGUGCAGUUUGGAUCACCUUUAUUCCUGCUUAUGUCAGCUCUCCUGGAAAAUUCACUAUAGCUGUAGAGAUAUUUGCCAUUUUAGCUUCAAGCUUUGGCUUGCUAUUUUGCAUAUUUGUUCCAAAGUGUUAUAUAAUCAUACUGAAAUCAGAAAAGAAUACUAAGAAGCAAAUGAUGGGCAAAGCACCUGAAAAAUGA